GAGAGAGAGGGAGGAUUGAAUUUAAAAUCCCCCAAGCGUAUUUGACUGCUAUUUUUACUCGUUUCUAAAAGGAAAGGAUGGGUAUUUACUGAUAUGUCCCUCACCAUAUCAGGACCCUACAAAAAGCCCAGCGAGGGACCGAUAUUUCUUGUGGCUUUCUAAGGAUCCUUCUCUUCUAUUUCCUCUCUUGCUUCAUUGCUGUCUCUCUCUCUCUCUCUCUCUCUCUCUCUCUCUCUCUCUCUUCUAAUUUUCUCUUUGGAUUUUUAAAAGACCAGUUAUCUUGUAAUAGAGCCAUGGCAGAUGUCUUGACUGAAGAACAGAUCUCUGAGUUUCAAGAAGCCUUUUGUCUUUUUGAUAAAGAUGGUGAUGGGUGCAUUACCAUAGAAGAACUGGCCACUGUGAUUCGUUCCUUGGGUCAGGAUCCAACGGAGGAAGAACUCCAAGACAUGAUCAAUGAGGUUGACGUGGAUGGUAAUGGGACCAUCGAAUUUGGGGAGUUCUUGAAUCUCAUGGCCAGGAAGAUGAAGGAGACGGACGCAGAGGAGGAACUGAGAGAAGCUUUCAGAGUAUUCGAUAGGGAUCAAAACGGAUACAUCUCCGCGAACGAGCUGAGGCACGUGAUGAUCAAUCUGGGCGAGAAACUGACCGAUGAAGAGGUGGAACAGAUGAUUAGAGAGGCUGAUAUGGACGGUGAUGGUCAAGUUAACUACGAGGAGUUUGUGAGGAUGAUGAUGGCCGUUUGAUUGGAAUACCCAAUAAAUGCUUCUAAAAAAUCAUAUUCAAUUUCAUUCCUUUAAAUAUCUUGUCGUUUUUCUUUUUUCUUUUUUUUUUUCUUUUUUUUUUUUUUAAAAUUCUUAUUUAAUUUUUAUACAGCUAAGUACAAACUCUAUAGGUGGAAUUAUAUGAUUUGCACAGUAUACAUGAUCUUCAAUGCUGAAAAGUGGGUCCCAUGGUACUGUAAUCCAGACAAUUGAUCUGUUGCACCCCCCUGCUGUGGAUGGUCUAUGUUGAAAAGAAUUAAAACAAUAGUCCAGAUUCAACUGAAAGAGGUCUUAAUAUGAGAUGCUUUUGGACGAUUAUCCAUCCACGUGGGACUCAAAAGAUCAAUGGACUGGAUUAUCGCACCGUGGGCCCCACUUUUCAUAAUUGAAAAUGCGUGUACACCGUGCGAAGAUGUGGGCCAUGUACAUCGUAUAGUUCCUAACUCUACUCGUAGUUUUUUUUGGUUUUGAUCUUUGUCAUGUUAAACAGGAAGUCUCUCUUUCAAUAAACAUGAAAGGAAAGGACAACAACUGUUUUCUUUUGCA